AGCCUCCAUUGUUGUCUGUUUUCUCUCUCCCUCUAUUAUAUAAAUAUGUGCCCUCAAUUUCAAUCUCCACUUCGUAGAUCUCUCGCCCGGCUCUAUUUUUGAUUUUCUCUCUCUGCUUGUGAUUUGGGGAGGUGGGUUCCUGCUAUUCGUUUGGAUUGGAGAUGGGUGAGAAUGGUUUUGAGAAAUGGGUGUUGACUGUUACAGCCCAGACACCCACCAAUAUUGCAGUAAUCAAGUAUUGGGGGAAGAGGGAUGAGACCCUCAUCUUGCCUAUCAAUGACAGUAUCAGUGUCACUCUGGAUCCCAGCCACCUCUGCACAACCACUACCGUUGCAGUCAGCCCUUCUUUUGAGCAGGACCGAAUGUGGCUCAAUGACAAGGAGAUUUCCCUUUCCGGAGGAAGGUACCAGAGUGUUUUAAGGGAAAUUCGUAGCCGUGCUACUGAUUUUGAGGAUAAGGAGAAGAAUAUUAAGAUUAGCAAGAAGGAUUGGGAGAAAUUGCAUUUACAUAUUGCUUCAUAUAACAACUUUCCUACUGCUGCUGGAUUGGCUUCCUCCGCGGCUGGUCUUGCUUGUUUUGUUUUUGCUCUGGCAAAGCUGAUGAACGUAAAAGAAGACGAGAGCAAGCUUUCUGCUAUAGCCAGGCAAGGCUCAGGCAGCGCUUGUCGCAGUUUAUUUGGUGGCUUUGCCAAGUGGAUAAUGGGAAAAGAUGAGGAUGGAAGUGACAGUGUUGCUGUUCAACUUGUAGAUGAGAAGCAUUGGGAUGAUCUUGUCAUAGUCAUUGCUGUGGUAUGCUCGAGGCAGAAAGAAACAAGUAGCACCUCGGGAAUGCGUGAGAGUGUUGAAACUAGUUUGCUUUUACAGCACCGAGCAAAGGAAGUUGUACCAAAACGUAUAAAACAAAUGGAGGAAGCCAUAGCAAAUCGUGAUUUCGCAUCUUUUACACAGUUGACUUGUGCUGAUAGUAAUCAGUUUCAUGCAGUCUGCUUAGAUACAUGUCCCCCCAUAUUCUACAUGAAUGAUACAUCCCACAGGAUUAUCAGCUGUGUUGAAAAGUGGAAUCGUUCUGAAGAAUCACCUCAGGUGGCUUACACUUUUGAUGCCGGGCCGAAUGCUGUUAUGAUUGCUCGUGAUAGGAAGGCUGCAGCCCAAUUGCUUCAGAGGCUGCUUUUCUACUUCCCUCCAAAUUCUGAUAUUGAUUUAAACAGUUAUAUUAUCGGUGACAAGUCAAUACUACAAGAUGCUGGGAUUCAGGGGAAGAACGAUAUUGAAGCUUUGCCUACGCCACCUGAAAUGAAGGACGCGCAAAAGUACAGAGGUGAUGUCAGUUAUUUCAUCUGUACAAGACCAGGGAGAGGUCCUGUUGUGAUUUCUGAUGUCUCUCAGUCUCUACUUAACCCGGAAACAGGGUUGCCCAAGUGAAUCUAGUGUACGAUAACCCUUUUCCAUGCAUCGGUCUGGUCUGUUUUUCUUGGCAGAGUAGUAUGUCCAGUCUCCAGAAGCCUUUUAUUCAGUUUCCUUUUCUUUUGUCUGCUCCUUGAAACGUUUCGGUAUUGUUUUGAGUAUUUGGAAUUUGAUUUUUGGGUUUUCAAUCCAAUCGGGUUGAUGUUCUCAUCUCUUCUUUGAAAAUUGAAACAGUGAUGAAUAAAAUGUUCAUUCCCUAAAAA